CAUUACAUACAUUUAUCUGUUCUGCGAAUUUGCAAUAGAAAUGAAUAAAAAAGGUGCUACAAUAUCUGUUCACUUAAAUGAAUUUAAUGAAAAUCUUUACAAACUUGUUUUGAUAUUUAAUAAAGAAUUGAUUUCUCCUGAACCGUAUGAAUGCAUUUUAGAAGUUUACAAAAAACACGAAAACAAAUGUGAUAAUGUAGACGAAGAUUACAGAAAUGAUCUACUAAGCUGCAAGAAUUUGAUAAAAGAUAAAGUACACUUUUUAAUGGAACCUGAUAAAAAAUCAAUGGAUAAUAUUCCUGAAAGAAAAUUAUUAAAAAUACAUGGAUAUUAUAAUAAAAUUUUUAGAAAUUUUAUGAUUUUACCUAGUUCAAAUUUUCCUAGUUUCAAAGAUAUAACUGGAUAUAAGAAUCAAUCUCUUUGUACUAUAUGUAAAAGAAACAGUGGUAUAAUUACGGAUGUUCACAUUUUUUUACCUUGUAGAUGUGGCUGGUGCUGUGAAGGGUAUAAUCAUUCAAGGACAGAGUGCCCUGUUUGUCAUCAAGAGAUUACAGGUACUCAAAGCCUAAAUAUAGUAACACCUGCGAAAAUAAUUGUAAAAGGACUUGCGUCGCAAAAAUGUGGCCGACACUGGUUUUGAGGGUAGAGACCCGUGGGCCGUUUAUUAAAUGAGCGACAACACAUUAUUUUAAUAAAAAUAAACAAACCGAAAAGAUAAACACAGCAAUAAUAAUCUUCGCAUAAUAUCGCGGCACUUUCGCUGGUGUCGACGACGCGACGUCCGGCGUAAUCCUUGAACGGCAAAAUGGUUAGCAGCGUUGUAGGCGAUGGUGCGCUGGUGCGGUUCGGUUGGUCGCGGCGUUGUCGCUUUCACGACGGGAGGAAGACUCUCGCACCAUUUUCGGCGGGUCGUCGUCGGCAUUUGCUGGACUUUGCACCGUAGCGUAUAACAAGCGAUGUUGGUCAGUCAAAUAUUCAUAGUAGGGCGACGGCUGAUAAAGGUGGCACGAGUCGCGGGGCAUCGUGUAUAACGAAGCGACGCGGUCCGUGUCAAUUUACACAAGCACAACAGUAAAAACAAAGAAAACAACAUCGGAAGACUAAAGUUGAUUCUUAUAAUAUGAGAUAUUUUCCAAAAUUCGAACAAUGUUAUACGUAUGUAACAAUGGGCCCUUCUGUCGUCGGUAAUAUCGGUAAUGAGCACACUCGCCGCAAUCCAAGAAAAACACGGGAAAAACAAUGAAACACAAACAGCGCACAAGAAAAAGGCGAACCAGUCAAGGUCAACGUCGGAACCGAACAGAACGCAAUAUCAGUCAUCCAUAUUCGGCGGCGGCCUUAUCUCAGUGUCAAGGGCGGGGAGACG